AUGCAGCUUUAUAAUCUUGGUCUUUUGGUGGCCUCGGUGGUGGCCUCGGUGGGAGCAACAUCGACGUUUACGCCUGCCCGGCCCCCAGCUGUGCCGUUGGCUGUCAAGUCGCCGUAUCUUAGCACUUGGUUAGACGCUGGAAGCGAUGGUGGUGAUGGUGGAUACCUGGCCGGUGAAUGGCCAACGUUUUGGGAAAACCAAAUCACCGGAUGGUGUGGUUUGGUACGUGUUGAUGGCAUCGCCUAUACUUGGAUGGGACUGCCUGGAUCUACAACUGUUAAUCAAACCGCGCUGGAGUAUACAUCUACCAAAAGCAUAUUCACCAUGGAUGUUGCUGGUAAAGUUGAAAUGAACAUUACUUUCAUGUCGCCAAUUACGCCUGAUGAUCUCCGCCGCCAAUCUCUUGUCUUCUCUUACCUCAACGUCGAAGUGUCUUCCCUUGAUGGCAAGGCACACGAUGUACAGGUUUACGCUGAUAUUUCUGCCGAAUGGGUAUCGGGAGACCGAACUGUGGUUGCUGAAUGGGAUUACGGUACUACUGGCGAUGUUGCUUACCACAAGGUCUACCGUCAGACCCAGCUUGCAUUCUCCGAGAUUAAUCAACAGGGAGAGUGGGGCUACUGGUACUGGGCUACCGAUGUUGCUACUGGCACGACUCACCAGUCUGGCGAGGAUACCGUUGUUCGUGGCCAAUUUUCGUCUAAUGGUACCCUCACCAAUGGUGCCGAUACCAACUACCGAGCCAUCCAGGAUGAGUGGCCAGUUUUCGCAUUCGCGUCCAACUUGGGCUCUGUUUCCUCCACUCCAGUCAGCACAUUGUUCUCUCUCGGCCUGACUCAAGAUGAAGCAGUUCAAUAUGAGGGUGCAUCUGCCUAUGCUCCUUUGCAAUCUCUCUGGAAAGCGUACUUCGAUACUGAGUUGGAUGCCUUGGCAUUCUUCCACGGAGACUUCAGCGAAUCCAGCUCUCUUUCUGACACUUUUGACAACCAGGUUGAGAGUGACUCCAUUGCUCUUGGCGGUGAUGACUACCUUGCCCUUACGUCCCUUGCUGCCCGACAAGUGUUUGGUGCUACACAACUCUGUGGAACGGAAGAGACCAUGUAUCUGUUCCUGAAGGAAAUUUCAUCUGAUGGCAAUGUUAACACCGUUGAUGUCACCUUCCCAGCUUAUCCAUUCUUCAUUUACACCAACCCGGAAUACCUGAAGCUGGUCUUGGCGCCACUUUACGAGAAUCAAGAGGCUGGAAAGUACCCUAACAGCUGGGCUAUGCACGAUAUGGGAUCCAGCUACCCUAAUGCUACUGGUCACAAUGACGGUAAUGAUGAGAAGAUGCCUUUGGAGGAAUGUGGAAACAUGGUUAUUAUGACUUUGGCGUACGCACAGGCGGCCAAGGAUACGACUUACUUGUCCGACCACUACAACCUGCUCACCCAGUGGACCGAGUACCUGGUGGCUGAGGCAUUGUACCCGGCAAACCAGAUCUCGACCGAUGACUUUGCUGGAUCACUGGCGAACCAAACCAACUUGGCUCUGAAGGGUAUGAUUGCUAUCCAGGCGAUGUCUGUCAUUGCCAAUGAGACUGGCCACACUGCCGAUGCUGCCAAUUAUUCCAGCAUCGCGCACAGUUACAUUACUCAGUGGCAAACCCUUGGCAUCAACCACGCUGCCUCCCCACCUCACUCCACCCUGAGCUACGGCAACACUAGCAGCCACGGUCUCCUGUACAACCUUUACGCGGAUGCUCAGCUGGGCCUGGGCCUCGUACCCGAGUCUGUCUACCAGAUGCAGAGCAACUUCUAUCCUACUGUGGCUAACACAUAUGGUGUUCCUCUUGACACCCGCCACACCUAUACCAAGCUUGACUGGCAACUAUUCGCUGCGGCCAUCUCAGCGGUUGAUACCCGGUCCAUGUUCUUCACCGAUCUAGUAAAUUGGCUAAACAAGACCCCAACCAACAAGGCGCUCACUGACCUUUACGACACCAUCACCGGAGAUUACCCCUCCACCACUUUCUUUGCUCGACCCGUCGUGGGUGGCGCCUAUGCGCCCCUCUUGGUCACUUCGUAA